CCUCUCCUAGUUGUUUCCCCCUUAAAGCAGCUCCAUGGGACCACCUCUGCUGCCUUUAACCUCUCCUACUCUUGACAUCGGAGUAGCUCACAGAAAGCUCAUCUUGGUCAGUGUACAGUGGUUGAAGCAAAAAGAGGAGACAGGCCACCAGGCUGAAGCCCUGGAUUAUCUGCUCUGCGCUGUGAAGAGUCUGCCACCGCCACUGCUGCCACCAUUCGGGGGAAACUAUCAUUUUACAGUGAAAAGUGACAGCCUUGUGGAGUUUAAUCCCUGGUAACUCUGCUGCCGGCAACUUGAACCUUGCAUGCCAUGGAACACACACUGUUUGGCUGCCUACGCAGCCCCCAUGCCACCUCGCAGAGCUUGCACCCUUUCGCCCAAUCUUCGCUGGCCCUCCAUGGAAGAUCAGAUCAUAUGUCCUAUCCUGAUUUAUCCUCGUCUUCGUCCUCUUGCAUAAUUGCUGGCUACCCUAACGAGGAGGGUAUGUUUGGAAGUCAGCAUCACAGAGGGCAUCAUCACCAUCACCAUCAGCAGCAGCAGCACCACCACCAAAGCUUGCAAUCUAAUUGGCACAUUCCUCAGAUGUCCUCACACCUGGCCUCCACCCGACAUAGUCUUUGCCUUCAGCAGGAAUCUGGACCUCCGCAACUGGGAAGCAGCCCCCCUAUAUUGUGUUCAAAUGCAAGUAACCUGGGCACUAAUAGCUCGUCUGGCUCAGCUUGUGUGAGUGGGGACUAUGGCAGGCAGACCCUCUCCCCUUCUGACACAGAAAAGAGGUCAGGCAAAAGGAAAAGUGACAGCUCAGAUUCCCAGGAAGGAAGCUAUAAAUCGGAUGUAAAUAGUAAACCGCGAAAGGAGAGAACGGCCUUCACGAAAGAACAAAUCCGAGAAUUGGAGGCGGAAUUCGCUCAUCAUAACUACCUGACCCGGUUGAGACGAUACGAAAUAGCUGUAAACCUGGAUCUCACGGAAAGACAGGUGAAAGUUUGGUUUCAGAAUCGCAGAAUGAAGUGGAAGCGAGUGAAGGGAGGUCAGCAGGGAGCCGCCGCACGAGAAAAAGAACUGGUCAAUGUCAAAAAAGGAACUUUACUACCAUCUGAGCUUUCGGGGAUUGGAGCUGCCAACCUUCAGCACACAGUUGACUCACUAGCCAACGACGACAGCCGAGACAGCGAUCAGAGCUCGGAACACGCUCACUUGUGAUCCUCAUAUGAAAGAGACUAUAGUUUCAUUCUCAGGAAAGAAAAGAACGUGGCCUGGACUGGCUCUAUCAAAUGCUUCAAGCCCUGAGAUUCUCGGGAACUACUUAUGUAUUUUUGCCCUAGAUUAGAAAAACGUGGAAGCUUUCUUCCACAGGUUGUUGGUGGUAUUGCGGAUCAAUACCCAAUGUUCAGGUGUGGCACUAUUUUUGGAAGAUAGCAACCAUGUUUUUCUUAUCCAGGGCAACCCCUUUAAGGUCUUCUAUGUGAUUCUGUAACAGUGAAUGGGUCCAGGAGUCAGGACAAGAAUCAGAAAUGUAGGAAGUUGCCACAGUAUAGUAAUGUAUUGAGGCACAGCUAGCUACCUGUUUCUUUACCUGGGCAAAUAUUCCCUUUUAUGCCCUAUUCCUGUAUCCAAAUACCAUCGGAAGGCAGAGGGCAUUUCUAGACACCCAACAUCCAGAUCACAUGCAGACCAUCCCCCCAACUACACCUUUGGCUCCUCUCUAGGGGGGUUUCAAUAUCAGAAAAGGGGCAAAAGUCAAGUGAAGCAGUUGAUUAUACCAAAUAGGUUGCAAAAAUAAGAACUAUAAUUUGACCAGUUGCCAUGGGCAAUGUCUAGACUUUCCUCUUGAACCAACGACUCAAAUUAUAAUGUGAUACCUGAAGAGGCAAUAGUAGGGGUGUAAUAGUCCCCUAUAAUGCCAAACAGAGGGUGGGAACUUCAGGAAUCCCAAGGCCAUAUUCACACUUUGAAAUAUAUGGUAUGUGACAAGAAAGUCCUUGUACAUAUGUUGAAAGUAUCCAGAGGUCCUCUUUCACCUGGUGGUUCCCGAAAAUGUCUCUCUUUCAUGUAUGCCUGUUCCAGUAGGUAUUUUUUUUUUGGUAUAUUAGAUGGCAUGGUAGACAACAGCAUUCCAUGCAGUGGAAUGCAGUAAAAUAAUGUAUACCACACCGUAUAUGGCGUCCUAUGAGCUACAUACGGUAUGCCACUGUAUGCCUUAUCAGAGCCUUUCGUCAGAGGUAUGCAUUGGCAAAUCUUCCCAGUGGAUGGCAAUGAUGAAGUGUGAACAGAACCUUAGAAAUAGCACAGAUUGCAUCACAUGAUCCCUUUCAACUAGUUGAGAGAGAUCAAAUGAUACCCAUCCUCCAGUAAUGGAGACCACCUUUAACUGGCUGUAGAUGCCACUCCACAUAUUCUGGAGAUGGUUUUGUUCCUAGGCCACACUGUUCCCAAAUUCCGAGCAAUCGUUAAGCUUCCAAAAUCCUUUUCAGUCCAUGUGCUCAAGAGGGCGUGAUCCUCAAUGGCUAGAGACUGAGCUCUGGUUCACUAAUUGUUGAGAAUGAUACCACCUUGACUUUGCAUAGCCACAAUAGCAUACUGGGAGCUGAAACUACCAGCAACAAUUGCUUGGGAAUUGUUUGUCCUAGAAAAACAAGAAAACAGUUAUGGGGUUUUUAGGUGGUAGGUAAAGCCAGGUAAUGUGGUCUAUCAUUGUUGGAGGAUGUGACAUCCUCUUUUAGCUCCCUUGGUUGACACUUUUGGGGGCUGUUUAUUAAGGGAAUUGCACCCUCUGGUAGAACUCUACUAGGCAAUUGCAUUAAAUUCCUUAUUUUUGAAGUCUGUCAUAGAGACAGUUUAUCUAGAAAAGGACUUUUUAUCCAUGCUAAACUGCGGACAGCACUGGGUAGGGGGUGAGGAGUGCAGUACAAACAUACAUUUUGUGGAACUCCUAUCUGGAGUAGUGUGAACAUGAAGUUGUAUUCUGUUAGAUUCUGCUCCUUUAAGGGGUUUCCAGUUUUUGGAGAUUUUUAAACAGAAACCUGCUGCAUGUUGCUCCCUGUCACUUCUUCACAGUUCCAACAAUGGUGCAGUCGGCACUCCGUUUGUUCAGUGGCGUGGUGCACGUGUCCCCGAUCAAUCUCCCAUGUAAGCUAUACAAGACAAGACCGACACUCACUGGAUGCGAUAUCUUUCUUUUAUUUGUUACAUGAAGAACAACUGUGACACGUUUUGACUCGUAAGGUGAGCCUUUCUCAAACAGACCAGACAGGUCUGUUUGAGAAAGGCUCACCUUACUAGCCAAAACGCGUCACAGUUGUUCUUCAUGUGACAAAUAAAAUAAAGAUAUCGCAUCCAGUGAGUGCCAUUCUUUACAGUUUCCUGGUUUCCUUCUCUGGACUUCCAAUCCAUUUUUGUAAUCUUGUGGACAGAUGGGUUCAUGUAGCAAAUUAUGUGCCUGCCUCAGUGUGACUUGACCCCAAGCCCCACAUGACCCAGCAGUGAUCUGCUGCUUGGAGAUACCUCUCUACUGAGGCCAGUCAUUGGCCGUAUGUGACACCAUCUGUUUAGAAGUUUGCAAAACACAGACCUAAGGACUAGAAAAAGGAGCCAGGGAGCUGGAACAGGGCUGUGGGGAGCAACAUGCUGAAAGGGGUUGUUAAAAAUGUCCCCAAAACUGGACAAAUCAUUAAAGGAGCAAAAUCUCGCAGAGUAAAACUUCACAUUCACACUACCCCUGAUAACUUAAUUUCCAAAAAAGGUAUGUUUUUUCCCAGCUCAUACUUGUUGCUGGCAGCAGUUUAGCAUGGUCAAAACUGAUGGCAGACUCCCUUUAA